AACGGAUUUUAUUUGACAGCACAAUUUGACUUGUAGUCAGAAAUGCACUUUUAGUGUUUUUUUUAGCAAAUUAUGGACUGUAUUGUUUCUGGUAUAGCGAAAAUUAGUUUUCAACAGAAUUUCGAAGAUAUUUUGGUGGAAAAUCGCACCGAAAACAUGGCUGCCCGCGCAAAUGAUUUGACUGUAGCAGGUAGUAAUGUAAUGAUACACGGCAAUAACAAAGACAACAUUGCGGAUAGUGGUUCAGAAUCGGAAUUGAAUAUUUCCAGUGAAGCUACCACGGUGGAGGACGUUCAUUCAGAUAGUCUUUACAGCACCAGCACUGCCAUGGUGAGCCUAUCUCAGCGACGCACCUUACCGGGCCGCAGUUGCAAAGACAACAUCUUAAAAUUAAAAAGGCGAACAAUCAUGAAACCAAAACGCCACAAUUCUAGAUCAUGUGAUUUUUCUGUGCUCCGUCCUUCUGAAAUCAGAAAAAUAUACUGUAAUCAAAAACUUACCAGCUUUCGUCCCACUAGUUUAGAGACAAUUUUCGAGGAGCCUCAACCAGAACCGCGUCGCGGUCAGGCUGCAUCUGUGUCAAGCAAUACCACCUUACGUUUUAUUGGUCUGAAGAAAAUUCGACGUUCACUCUCCUUUUCUGAUGGACUAAAUACAAAUAAAACACUGGCAAAACAGCGACGCGCCAAAAUAAAAAAAAAUUUUGGCCGACGAAGCGUAUGCAACAAAAUAUCCUUAGACGACUUUAUUGACCGGUUAAACAAAAGCUUUGGCGACGAUACCGAUAUAGAAGAUGCCGCUUUAGACGUUGAAAAAAAUAAUUCGCCGGAAGAACCAAUGGAGUCGGACACAUCUUCUACAUCAGUUGUCGCUGAACAUGGGAAUAUUAGUACAAAUUAUGCAAAUGCAACAUCAACUACGAAGACUGAGUACGAAUAUACUAGAGAACGUAUACAGCAUGCGUUAUAUUGUAUGCCAUAUUAAAUUUUCACAGUGGUGUCUUCGACAAGUAGUGCAGAUGUGAGUUUAAGUGCUGCAACAUUGUAAGCCAAUUGUUUAGGAGACAUACUUUAGGUAUAUGUACAUAUAUCCGAUAUUAUAAUUCCGCAGAUAUCAAUUUAUAACGUUCUUUACCUGUAGAAUCACUACAUAUAUAAGUUUUUAUUUUAACCGCAUAUUUCAUUCUGAAAAUUGUAACCAUUGCUUUUAACUAAUUAAAUUUAAGAUGUUUAAACGGAUGUUUGUGUGUCAUUACAUAGCUGAUGAGUGAAAUAAAUGGUAUCAAAAUUGUAUUUUUGACUCGUUAGCUAUUUGAACGAGUAAGCGACUUCACAAACGAAAACUAUAAGAAACUAGAACUUUAUGGUUAAUUAAAUGAACAAAAACCACUUCAUAAGAUUUAUUAUAUAAAAAUUAUUAAAACAUGUUGAAUACCGUGUACAUACCUACCUGCAAGCUCAUGAGAAAAUCUUUAUGGUGAACUCAUUCCCCAUGUAUUCAUUCCACCUACAUUUGCCUAAGCUAAAUAAAAAUAUAUAAACACAUCCAUACAAUUCUAAA